AUGUCCUGCCAGCAGAGCCAGCAGCAGUGCCAGCCCCCUCCCAAGUGUGCCCCCAAAUGCCCUCCCAACUCUGGGGGCUGCUGUGGUUCCAGUUCUGGUGGCUGCUGUGGUUCCAGUUCUGGGGGCUGCUGCAGCUCUGGAGGUGGUGGCUGCUGCCUGAGCCACCACAGGCCCCGCAGAUCUCUCCGUCGCAGACACCAGAGCUCUGGAUGCUGUAGCAGCGGGGGCAGCAGUGGCUGCUGUGGCAGCAGCGGUGGCAGCAGCUGUGGCUCUUCCUGCUGUGGUUCCAGUUCUGGGGGCUGCUGUGGCUCCAGCUCUGGGGGCUGCUGUGGUUCCAGCUCCGGGGGCUGCUGCAGCUCUGGAGGUGGUGGCUGCUGCCUGAGCCACCACAGGCCCCGCAGAUCUUUCCGUCGCCAUCGUCAGAGCUCUGGAUGUUGUAGCAGUGGUGGCAGCAGUGGCUGCUGUGGCAGCAGCGGUGGCAGCAGCGGCUGCUGUGGCAGCAGCGGUGGCAGCAGCGGCUGCUGUGGCAGCAGCGGUGGCAGUAGCCAGCAGUCUGGGGGCUGCUGCUGA